AUGUCCACACCGAGGUCACCGAGGUCACCAUACCGCCAAACCUACCGCGAGUCGGUCUCGAGACGCCGAGAGUCAAAUAACCUCGUCAUACCCGAAAAGGCACGCACUUCUGGAAUCUCAGGCAACGACCGGGAUUCACUACCAGUCUACAACAAUGCCCCUCCUCAUCGACGGCCGCCGCCGCGCAGCAAGGUCCGCGUCAAGCCUUCCGGCGAGAGCGGACGCAAAGGAUUCCACCCCAUGAAGUUUUUGAAAAUCACAUGGAAAUCGUCAAGUCGAGCUUCUCUGGUUUGCAACUUCUUCUGGCCUGUUGUCCCGGCUGCUUUUGCUGUCAGAUAUACUUUACCCAAUGAGCACGUGUUGAUUUUCGUACUGGUUUACAUUUCGAUGAUUCCUUGCGCCAACAUGGUUGGUUUUGCGGGCCAGGAACUUGCUCGCAAGGUCAAUCAUGUGUUUGGUGUGUUGAUGGAAACCACCUUGGGAUCUGUGGUCGAGCUCAUUCUUUUCAUGGUUCUCCUGAAAAGCAGCCAGUUCGCAGUUAUUCAAGCGGCAAUUUUGGGUUCUAUCUUAGCGACGAUGUUGCUAUGCUUAGGUUUGUGCUUUGUCGCCGGCGGCGUGCGGCGGGAAGAAACAGAGUUUAGCGAUACCAUCACCGAGGCGGGAAGCGGUCUCCUAUUGACAGCUGGCGUUGCCCUGGCGAUCCCUACGAUCUUCGACCGCUCGCUCCAGGGUGUCCUCACUGUGGAGGAGAUCGACAAGAAAACCCUCCAUAUUUCCCGGAUCGUGUCUUUGAUCCUGAUUGUCUCCUACCUGGUCUAUGUUUACUUUCAAGCCCGAACCCAUCACGGAAUUUACGACGCAAUCUUCAAAAAUGACGAGCAACGAGAUAACGACAAGCACAGAGAUAUCAGGAAGGCCAAACUGACUCUGACGGAGUGUAUCAUUGCACUUGUUGUCGCAAUCACGUUGGUUACGUUCAUGGCCAUAUUUCUCGUGGAACAGAUCGCGCCUAUAGUCGAGGAGCACAGUAUUUCUGAUCCGUUCAUGGGCCUGAUUCUCGUUCCCCUUGUUGAGAAGGCGGCUGAGCACUUGACGGCUGUCGACGAGGCCUGGGACAACCAGAUGAACUUUGCCCUCUCUCAUGUACUCGGUGCUACGCUCCAGACGGCUCUACUAAACGCCCCUCUGGUUACUAUUGUUGCCUGGGGCAGACACAAGCACUUCGACUUGGUCUUCGAAGCUUUCGACAUAACCAUGCUCAUCUUAGCUAUCAUUACAGUUGGAAACUUCCUAAGAGAUGGCAAAAGCAAUUAUCUAGAAGGCUUCCUGCUGUUAGCCGUCUAUACCGCUUUGGGGACUGCUGCGUGGUUCUACCCCAACCCUCCUGGUCAUGGGACCGGCGCCGCAAGAGGAGCGUCCGAGGGUCUCGUCCACUACGUAGCGGAAGGCUUUGUCCGUUGA